ACAUGAUGAAAUCACCCCCUGGACAAAUCACACGAGCCUGUCAACCUCACCAGGUGGGAUUAGUUGUAGCCUAAUAGCCCGGAGUCCAGAGCAAACAGAGCACUGCGCUCCGUAUAAAGCAGAGGAGCGCCCGCUGCGAGGGCUGCGCGGGACGCCUCGGGUAUGGCUCACAGGAGCUGCCUCCAGCUGCACCAGGUUAUAUCGUUAUUUGCGUUUGCCUUUGGAGUAAAUGUCUGCAUGGGAUUUACAGCACACCGGUUCAGGAGAUCUGAGGAAUGGGAUGAGGGCCCGGUCUCAGUCCUGUCAGAUUCCCCCUGGAUCAGUACCUCUGGCUCGUGCAAAAACAGAUGCUUUGAACUUCAAGAGGCAGAGCCUCCUGGCUGCCGCUGCGACAACCUCUGCAAGAGCUACAACAGCUGCUGCUUCGACUUUGAUGAGCUGUGCUUAAAGACAGCUCGGGGCUGGGAAUGUACCAAGGAUCGCUGUGGAGAAACCAGGAAUGAUGACAAUGCUUGUCACUGCUCUGAAGACUGCUUAAGUAGAGGAGAUUGUUGUACUAAUUACCAAGUCGUUUGCAAAGGGGAAACUCACUGGGUAGAUGAUGAUUGCGAAGAAAUAAAGACUCCUGAAUGUCCAGCAGGCUUUGUUCGUCCUCCUUUGAUCAUCUUCUCUGUUGAUGGUUUCCGUGCGUCAUAUAUGAAGAAAGGGAACAAGGUCAUGCCCAAUAUUGAAAAACUGAGAUCUUGUGGCACACAUUCUCCUUAUAUGAGACCUGUAUACCCGACAAAAACCUUCCCCAACCUGUACACCCUUGCCACUGGACUCUAUCCUGAAUCACAUGGAAUCGUUGGCAAUUCGAUGUAUGACCCAGUGUUUGAUGCCAGCUUCAAUCUUCGAGGGCGAGAGAAAUUCAAUCACAGAUGGUGGGGAGGUCAACCCAUUUGGAUUACGGCAGCCAAGCAAGGAGUGAAAGCUGGCACGUUCUUCUGGUCUGUUGUCAUCCCUCAUGAACGCAGGAUAUUAACUAUACUGCAGUGGCUAACCCUUCCGGAUAAUGAAAGGCCUUAUGUUUAUGCCUUCUAUUCCGAACAACCAGAUGCUGCCGGCCACAGAUAUGGUCCUUUCAACUCAGAGAUGAUGGUAAAUCCCCUGAGGGAGAUUGACAAGACAGUAGGACAACUCAUGGAUGGACUCAAACAGCUGAAGUUACAUCGUUGUGUUAAUGUCAUAUUUGUUGGUGAUCAUGGGAUGGAAGACAUGACUUGUGAAAGAACUGAGUUUUUAAGCAACUAUUUGUCYAAUGUAGAAGAUAUCAUUUUGUUGCCUGGAUCUUUAGGGCGAAUUCGUCCUAGGUCUAGCAAUAAUCUGAAAUAUGACCCUAAAGUGAUUGUUGCCAACCUUACAUGUAGAAAGCCAGACCAGCACUUUAAGCCCUACUUGAAACAGCACCUUCCCAAACGGCUGCACUACGCUUACAACCGAAGAAUUGAGGAUGUCCACUUACUGGUGGAUCGCAAAUGGCACGUGGCAAGGAAAGCUGUGGAUGUUUACAAGAAACCGACGAAAUGUUUCUUCCAUGGAGACCAUGGCUAUGACAAUAAGAUAAACAGCAUGCAGACUGUCUUUAUAGGUUAUGGACCUACAUUUAAAUACAAGACCAAAGUACCUCCUUUUGAAAAUAUUGAACUUUACAAUGUCAUGUGUGAUCUACUUGGAUUAAAGCCUGCUCCCAAUAAUGGAACUCAUGGAAGUUUAAAUCACCUGUUGAGAGCCAAUGUUUAUAAACCAACCGUGCCAGAUGAAGUUGCUAAGCCACUCUACCCUGUAGCUCUUCCGUCUGCGUCAGAUUUUGAUAUAGGAUGUACGUGUGAUGACAAGAACAAGUUGGAUGAACUCAACAGGCGCUUUCAUGUUAAAGGAACAGAAGAGAGGCACCUUCUUUAUGGGCGCCCUGCAGUGCUGUAUCGCACAAAAUACAACAUCUUGCAUCACCAUGACUUUGAAAGUGGCUACAGCGAAACRUUUCUGAUGCCUCUCUGGACAUCUUACACUAUUUCCAAACAGGCUGAGGUAUCUGGCAUCCCCGAGCACCUAAGCAGUUGUGUGAGGCCUGACCUGCGCAUUUCUCCAGCAAACAGUCAGAGCUGUUCAGCCUACAGGGGCGACAAGCAAAUAUCCUAUGGGUUCCUGUUCCCUCCUCAAUUAAGUUCCUCUGCAGAAGCCAAAUAUGAUGCCUUMCUAAUAACAAAUGUCAUCCCAAUGUAUCCUGCCUUCAAAAAGGUAUGGAAUUAUUUCCAAAGAGUUUUGGUGAAGAGAUAUGCCACUGAACGAAAUGGAGUCAAUGUUAUAAGUGGACCGAUCUUUGACUAUGACUAUGAUGGUUUACAUGAUACACCUGACAAAAUAAAACAGUUUGUGGAAGGCAGCGCCAUCCCUAUUCCAACUCAUUACUACAGCAUCAUAACCAGCUGCUUAGACUUCACUCAGCCCGCUGACAAGUGCGACGGGCCGCUCUCCGUCCUCUCCUACAUACUCCCCCAUCGGCCUGACAACGACGAGAGCUGCAACAGCUUGGAAGAUGAAUCAAAAUGGGUUGAAGAUCUGCUUAAGAUGCACACUGCACGGGUGCGUGACAUCGAACAGCUCACAAGCUUGGACUUCUUCCGAAAGACCAGUCGCAGCUACACAGAAAUCCUCUCCCUAAAGACAUACCUGCAUACGUUUGAAAGUGAAAUUUAGCUUUCUAACCUUACUCAGUGCAUCCUUUUAUCAACUGGUGUAUAUUUUUAUAUUGUUUUUAUAUUUAUUAAUUUGAAACCAGGACAUUAAAAAUAUUAGUAUUUUAAUCCUGUAUCAAAUCUUAAAUAUUAAAACCUUUUGUCAUUUGUUUUGUUUCUCUAAUGUUUAAUAUAGGUAUGUUUUUUGGUUUAUUUAGUAGCGCUUGUAAUACUGCAGCUUGAGUCCUUAGUCCAAGCUUUUAAGUGGUGCUGCAGGAUUUGAUACAUGCAKCAAGGAAAUAGUAAUUUCCCAUGCUCCUUUACCACACUUGUAGUUCUGUAUUGUGUAUCAAAAUACUGAACAUGUAAAAUUACAUUAAUUUACUGUUAACUAUGUGACAGACAUAUUUAAACCC